AUGUUCUUUGUCCCAAGGUUCCUGCAACUCAAGGACCACCUAAGAAGCCACAAAUCCAAAAACAUCCUUCAUAAAACCAGCCUUAUCCUCGUCAAAGAACGUAUCCACUUCACCAAGUCACAAAUUGCCCAGAUCUCCCAUAAAACCUUUAAACUUCACUUACUCCUAUCCGCCACGUUACGGCACGACAUAUGGCAAACUCUAGACCGCAUUACAUACGAACAAGCCAUGAAUACACUGACACUAUCCUCAGAUAGACAGAAACAGAAAUACACAAACCUUGUUCCUCACAAAAAACCACAACCCUUCCUACUCAACGUCAAGAACCUAUCCAACAAAGUCCUGUCCCAAGACACCAUCUCUGUGCUCGCCAAAGGCCCGAACUUCGCAGUGGCACCUAGAAAGGUCCCAAAAGAAGAGAUCGUCAGCCAAAUAGAGUCAACCAUCUACCGACUCCCAUCAGAACAAGCAGAUAACAUCCGCAGACAAGUAACCAAUAUCCUCUCCAAAGCCAAACCCCCCGCACCAAAUAUCACUAGACAAGAGCGAUUGGCCCUCCAAGACCUGAACAGGGACACAGACAUCAUCGUGCUUCCAGCCGACAAAGGCAACACAACAGUAGUCAUAAAUACAUCAGACUACAAGAAAAAGAUGAAGAACCUUCUCUCGGACAAAGCAUACAAAAAGCUUGACAAAGAUCCGACUAAUACAAUCGCACAAAAAACCAAGACCCUAGUGGAGGAAAGCAACAUUCCCAGCAAAACCAAAUCGACAUUAAAACCUACAAACCCGCUCCCACCAAGACUGUACGGACUACCAAAAGUACACAAACCGGACAUCCCCUUCAGACCGAUUGUAAGCGCCAUACGCUCCCCGACGUACAGCCUAUCCCGCUUCCUAGCACAAACAUUACAACCCCUCACUGGAAAAACUGAAUCACACAUCACCAACUCGACGGACUUCAUAAGAAAGAUCCAAAAGAUCCAACUACAUCCCACAGACCUGCUUGUAAGUUUCGACGUAGAAUCCCUCUUCACACAAGUCCCAAUAAAAGACACACUAAACAUAAUAAAGGCCUCACACAAAGUCCCCUCUGACCUCAUCCCACUAAUAGAGCACUGCUUAACAACCACUUACUUCUCCUACAACAACCAAUUUUAUGAACAAACUUCAGGAGCGGCAAUGGGCUCUCCUAUCUCUCCUGUAAUCGCCAACAUCUUCAUGGAGCACUUCGAGAAAGAGACCCUCGGAAAAACACCGAAAAAGCCAGAAGUUUGGUUCCGCUAUGUAGACGACACAUUCGUGAUAUGGAGACACGGCAGAGCAGAACUCCUGGUUGUCAAAUUGGAGCCAUCUGUCGUUCUCGCUCGGCAGGCGGAUGGCGCAGUCGUUCAGUUUUUGGCAACCCACUUUGUGCGUCUGCAAUUUUUGGCUCGAGUCAAAAUAGUGAAGGCAUCUGUACAGGAGAUUGACGUGCUUCUCCUUUUUGUCGCCUGUGAGUCGCAUAGGAUAUGUUUAUUCUCGAUGCCGUAUACGUUGAUUGGAAUGGCUUUUAAAGUCAUCGGAAACUCAAUGUUUGUUAGAUUUAAUACUGUUGUAUAA